AUCUUUAAAAAAUGAAAAAAGUAAUUUUAUGCACUCCGAAAAUAACUUCGUGAACGAUUGGAAAACAUACAGAUUUCCAGAUCCAUGGGGCAGUUUUAAGUGAGUUUAGUAACGUAAAAAAAACGGAGCAACUGAGCAGUGGAGACGCGGUCGGCAGUUACGUUUAUGUGUGUGUCAACAGUUCGCAUAAACAUAUUGGAGCAAAAAGUGAAUGUUGAGAAAACAUGAUAUUGUGGAGUGGAAUUUGACAGAAAUACUUAUUUAAAGCAAGGUUCUGUGUGAGGAGUUUCAAUUAUGUUUUACGCACACUUUGUUCUGGCCAAAAAGGGGCCAUUGGCUCGUAUUUGGCUAGCGGCUCACUGGGAUAAAAAGUUAACAAAGGCUCAUGUAUUUGAGACCAAUAUUGAAAAAUCUGUUGAUGGAAUUUUACAACCUAAGGUGAAAAUGGCUCUGAGAACAUCAGGCCAUCUCCUACUUGGAGUCGUAAGGAUAUAUUCAAGAAAGGCAAAAUACCUUUUGGCUGACUGCAAUGAAGCUUUUGUAAAAAUCAAGAUGGCCUUUCGGCCUGGUAUGGUUGACUUACCAGAGGAACAUCGAGAGGCUGCAGUUAAUGCAAUUACGCUACCAGAAGUCUUUCAUGAUUUUGAUACUGCUAUGCCAGAGUUGAAAGAUGUGGAUAUUGAGGCUCAGUUUAGUCUCAAUCAAUCCAGAGCAGAGGAGAUCACAAUGAGAGAAGAUUAUGGUAGUCUGUCUCUAGUUACUCACGAUCAAGGAUUUGGGGAUAUGAGUUUCGAUGCAGAACCUCCAGAAUUGUUACGGCAUGCUGGUAGCAUAGAACCAUCCCUAGAUCAGAGCCACAUGUUGUUCAGCGAUGGACCUGGAAUAGAAUCAGCAUUAGACCAAAAAGAGAAAGAGCCUAUUGCAGGAACAUCAGCAACGGCACAAGCAAUGGAUAUUGACACACCUAUUAGAGAUGAUGGCUUUGGUGGCCAUCUUGGGCAGGAUAUUAUAUCUGGUGGCUUAUUCGAAGGAGGUCUUUUUGACGAAGCACCGAUAGGAGAAGUAUCGGUACCUGAAGUGAGCGCAAUAAGCGACCAACAGGAAGCUGUAGCUGCAGCAGGUGUAACGUCUCCUGCUCAUGAUGAGUCCGACGAAGACAUGGGUGAUCAUUUUGGUGGACCAUCAUCACCAAUGGGUGGAAUUAGUAGUUCAGAAGGCUCUAGACCAGCUACACCAGCUGCGGUUGGUGAAGAAGUUGAAGGGAGAGCUAGUGUGGCUAGUCGGCGUUUCACACCUGCACCACCGACUAUUCCUGAAGAGCAUCCAAUGGAAACAAUCGAGGAACCUCCACCUUUGCAAGAUCAAACGACACUAUUGCACGAUGAGGAGGAAAGUUUCGCACUCGCACCUGUUGAUGCGUCUGCCCUUAAAGGCUUCACUAAAGCAAAACGCAAACGUAAACUCAUUGUCGACGAGGUUAAAAAUAUUUCCGGUGAGGAGAUGAAGGCCCAACUUUCGGAUACCAGUGAUAUUAUUACUACUUUGGAUUUGGCACCACCAACCAAGAGGCUGAUGCACUGGAAGGAAACUGGUGGCGUUGAAAAACUCUUUGCUUUACCAGGAAGACCUAUUCCUGCUCGUGCACUGUUUAAGAAUUAUCAACGACAUUUGACCAGCAAGUCUUACGAUCAUGAAGACUUUGGAAGACUUGGUGCAGAAGAGGAUGGUCUGCCACUUGAGCAAAUGAGAGACGCUGCAGAGACUGACGUUCCUUCGUUUGAGCCAAGCAUUCUUGGGAAACGAAUGGGCCGUAAACGUAAAGCACCUGCAGAAGAAGAGGUUCGUCGAGUAAAACCAAAAGGAACACCGGUACAACCUGCACCUCUUACACCAUUGGAAGUCACUCAACCUUCCAUGAGUGCAGAAAGUAUCGAAGUAUCAAGCAUGAUUCCACCUACGCCCUUGCCAUCCGCACCUUCGCCAAUGCCUCCAGAAGUGUCUCUACCAGUAGAACCUUCGGUACCCGACAUAAGUGGCAUAAUACCCUCUGUCGAACCAAGUGAAAUUAUUGGAGGACCUCCAGAGACACCAACCCUUGGAUUGGAGAUGCCUCAAAUUCCUCCAGCGGAUGUUAGUUCGCUUCUUGGUGCUCCUGAAGAACAACCUGUCCCACAGACUCCCACACAGCCCGGAGAGGUACCUCUGCAACCAUCGGAGUUACCACAAAUGGAAAAUAUGGGAUAUGAUCAAGCUCAACCUCAAGUAUCGUAUAUGGGAUAUGAUGAACACCAUCCUCCAGCGCAUACGCCUGGUGCGAUUUCGGAAAGAGGUCCGGCCACACCUUGGAAUCAUGAAGAUUACGAAUUCCCACCCUCAGUUGGACCGCAAGAGGAACAACAAAUAGAUGAAACCUACGAGCAGUUCGAAGAACGUGUGCUGAAUAAGAGAGCAGCACACAUGUACCAUGUUAUUAAGAGCAAACUGGACACCAAAGACAGAUUGACGUUCUCGGAAAUGGCGUACAAGAAUAAUCGCAAGCAGGCCGCGCAGAAAUUUUACACGUUAUUAGUUCUCAAGAAAUUCCAAGUACUGGAACUAAGCCAAGAACACUCCUACGCCGAAAUACUAGUUACCAAAGGGCCGAAAUUCGAAACUCCUGCAUUAUAAAAAUGGAGGGAAAGAAAACCAUCCUGCCGAUUACGCGAGAAACUGCGGUAUAAAUGCGUCCUUUUGCACACAACAAGCCACGCCUGGUUAUCAGCUUAAAUUUCUACGAGGCUAGCCAAUUUCUUAUAAUGAAUAUUUUAAAAAUUCGUUUUACAAAUUGGUUUUAUCAGUUGCAUAUUUUUUUGUUGAUUGCGUAUGCACGCAGUGCCAGGGCCGAAUAUUUUUAUUUCCCUGAACACGUAAUAGCCGACCGAGCGUCUCUGUCACUUUUUCCAUGGUAGGCUUACACAGUAAAGUUAAAGUAUAAUAACUCAUUUCUUUAUUCGAAGUUGCCUUCAAAUUAUGUUUUACGUAGGUAAUUUUAGAAAUAGCGAAUACAUAUCACUUCUUUGAUACGUGGACAGUUUGCAUUUUGUAAAGGACACAUAGAGCCACAAAUCCGAUGAUUCCUAUUGGAAGCAGUUAUUUAUCAAUUAUCAAGCACUUUUUUUUACAUACGUUCAUUUAUCGCCUAUGGGUUGUAUGAGACGACAAUGCAACAGCAACAGAUACUCAUUUUCGUUCUCAAUGGCAAAGAUUCGAAAUUAAUUUUUACAAAGUUACAUUACAUUAUUGAAAUUUGUGUUAAAUUCAUUUUUUUUUAAUAUAUAUAUAUUUUGUCAUUUUGUAAAAUGAAUGCAUAGUGUAUAGAUAUACUUUCGAGAGAAACAAUUUUUCAAUCAUUCCCUACGUGUCAGAAUCAAAGCAUCGAUCAUUUGAGCAAGUUUGUAUGUAUUAUAUAUCACCUGUAAAAGAUACUUUACAUAUUUUUUCAUGCAUGAUAUAUAUUAAUUUUCCUAGUUGGAAACUCGUCAUCGUGUAACUAACACUAACGAAAAUCAGUAGGAUGCAUAGAAGAAAAAAAAAUCAGUUUCACGCAAGAUGAAAUGUAUUCAUCGAUCAUUAAUGAAUAUGUUAGGAAUGGUUCUAUUAAUAAGAUCAUAGUCAAUAUAUAAUAACGCAAUACGCAGAAGUCAAUGUCAUCGUAAUGCGAAAUAAAUUAAACAAAAGCGACAGGACAGAAUAGAAUUCGUAGAGGUGGUAUGUAUUCUAUUAGGUAUGCAUUUAACAUUAUCAUACGUGAAAGGCGUGUAUAAAUAUUAUUUUCUAUCGUGCGCCAUUGCACCUUCUCUGAUCAUUGACAUUUGAACAAAUGACAUCUUUAUAUUUGAUUAAUAAACAUCGGCGCUGUCCAACUUGUCUCGCUCAAGUGAAAUAACAUUAUUCGAUACAACGUAUAGUAGCAGAUCAAACCAUAUCAAAACUGCAUAGAGGAGGGUAUGGUUGAUUAAAUUUUUACAAAAUCUGAUUAUAUCUUUUACCACAAAUAUAUACCUAAUAUUAAGUCACGUACCCUUGAAUGGUCUAUUCUGCCUAUACGUUAUAUAGAAGCUUAAGUGAGAUUUACUUGAAAUAAUAUAUCGAAUAAGCGCAUGUCCAAUUUUAUUACCGCUACACGUUUUAUAUAGUGCAUCAUUAUAUUAUUGUUGAGAUGGUUCUUCAGUUAGAAUUAUUAUAAAUGCGUAUAAUGUAUUGGAACAUGUUAAUGAAAGAGAGAGAGACAUAGAGUGUAUGUGUGAAAGAAUAAUGAAAAUGAAAUCAAAAGCUUGUUGGACAGCUCUGAUUUUCUAUAAUAUCUUAUUACGUAACGUAUUCCUCUAAUAUUGAUUAGGAAUACGAGAUCAUUAAAUGUAAUAUAUUAUGAUAAUAAAAUUCUAAUGAUGAAACGGGUA